ACAGUACACUUUAACUUGCAAUGAAAACAACUUUAUGAUAAAAUUUGAUAUGUAUAAUAUUUAAAAAUGUAGCUAGACUCUUAACCGUAUACAUGGAUGAGCGCUUCAUGGCAGCAUGUCUUUUCCAAUUGUUUUGUAGCUAGAUACAGCUUGUUUGGCCCGUUGUUGUGUCAAGUCACUCUGGUCCACACUGACCAUGUGCAGAAAGUAGUCCAUCACAAAGUUUUCCCACUGAUCUUCGUUGAUAGCACCUGCUAAAUUCUGGGCAGCAAUGUUGUUGAGAGCAGUAGCAGAACUUUUGCAGUUCUCCAUGGCUGACGUUAUAUCUUUCAAAAAAGCUGUGGUAGCGAGGAUUAUCUACACAUACUGAGCAGCUCAUGUUAUAGACAGAAGGGUGCUACAUGGCAGACCAAUCCAAACUCAUAUCUCGGUAUGACCAGCCCAAUCCAUUAUCUCAGCCAAUCAUGGCUAGUGGGAAGGUUCCUGGCUUUUUCCGAGGCUAAACCAACUAUCAUUUUUUCAUUUUUAUUUGUAUUUACAGAUGCUUUAAAAGUUUGUUAUUAAGCCAUAUGAAAGUUCACAUGUUCCAGAAUGCAUUUCUCACCAAAAAUGCAUUUUGAAGUAGUGAUGUAGUGAUGUAUGACAUACGACUAGCUUCUUGAAACGGGUCACAUAUACCAGUAGGAGUCACUGUUCAGGCAAGAAUAGUUGCAAUGUGGCUUCACAUUUUCUUUUAAUAUACCUAUUUAUUUUGGUUGAUGGCAUGAUGUUGAAAGAAUCAUGCUGCUUCAAACAUAGCAUUUUACUAUCAACAUUGAAACAAGGUAAAAUAACAUAUGUAUAAUCAAAUAUAAAUUUCAACAUAAUUUCAACCACCCAAUAUAACGGAAUAUGAUAAAUAAAUCAAAAAAUGUUUCUACCUGGAAUUUUCUACGUAAUUUCAACGUAUACAUAGUUCUGAUGAUUAUGUUGAAAUUAGAUUGAUGUAACCCGAUAGUCAGGUUAAGUCAAUGUAUUAAGGUUGAAGUCUUACCCUAAUUUCAAUGUUUACAAUGCUGGUUGAAAUUAGAUGAAAACCGCAUUGGUUGAAUACUUUUUUCAAAUCAAAUGUAUUUUGCACGUUGAUUCCACGUCAUCAUACGUUGGCAAAUUACGAUUCAACCAGUGUGUGCCCAGUGGGUAGCGACUGUGUCUAGAGUUUUAGUUAAGUUAAGAGGAACUUUAUUGUCCACAAACUGAAAUACCCUACAGUGCUUUUUGCAUUGAAUCAAAUGGGAAUUAGUUAUAUUAUUACAGGGGCUGACAGACAACGUGGCAUUUACCUAGUUUGUGAUGGCGCAAACUUCCAGGCCCCGUUUCCCUUCUCUUUCAUCCGCUUCAGUGCCCACCUGGUCUGCGCAAGUAUGUAUGUUUGAUGUAUCUCAUUAUAGCCUAGUUUAUCAUUGUUGAUAUAUUUUUCAGGACAAAAGGCUAUAAAGUUACAAGGAACACAUUCAUGGGCCUAAGACAAAUAUAAGUCACUGUUUUCUUCAGUGCACUUUUCCUCUGAAAAGCCCUGUGUUUUACACAUUUACACAUCAUUUUGCCAAUUAUCAUAUUGACCAAAACUCCAGGACCAGGGACAGUGAGUGAUUGACAGCAAGGAGAGGUCCACUGGUCUAGGGGACGAGAGUGACGAGAAACUCACACCCACUGAGUGCCAGCCAAUCAGCCAGCCAGGUAUGGUGCACCUCACCUGUAAUGGGAAUAUUUAAGAUGACAAAAAUUCAGAUUUAAUUAGAGGGCUCAACAAAAAUGUUAGUAUAUUUGGAGUUUCUGUUAUACAUGUGAUUUCCAGUGUUCUGUUCGUAACACUUGGGUUGAUGGUCACUAGACUAGAGGCUGUAUGUUAUGGACUAAACUCAUAACUGCUGAUAAGGUUGACGCCAGACUGAAGGUACAAGGACAGAGGAUACACUGAUUAUUAUUAUAUUGUGUGAAACAAUGUGAUUCUGUAGCAGCUGACAAAGUUACUGCCUUCUGUUUUGACUUCCUACAAGCCUCUCAGGCUGGUGUUUACAGAACAUUUGUACGCUGAUUAGGAUAUAAGGUUGUUCUCAGAGAAGGCCAGUUAGACAUUUUCUCUGCUUCUGUGCUGGAGGUUUCUCCCUGUUGCAACUUGUAAUAAACAAAAUGGAUUUUUGAUUGACUAUCUGCUACUGCUCUUCUCUUUUUUUCACUUGGAAAUGUCUUACAUCACCCCUCCCUCCUUUCUGGCGAGCCUGGAUCUCAGUGAGAGAGUGAGAGAGGAAGGCCAUCCUGUCUGUAUCCCCAGGCUGACCGCUUACACUCAGAGGGACGAUGAGGCUAGGCUGGGUCCGAGGGCUGGCCCCUUUGUUGGCCAUGGCUGCUGGAAUACUCUACAUCACAUCCAUUAAGUGGGAGGUUCAUUCUCAUGGGGAGAGACUGCAGAGGGCCCAUCAGAAUGACUCGUCCAGGGGCCAGGACAUGCUUAAGAGGCUGGAAAAGAUGGAGGCUCACAUCGAGAAGCUGUUGAAGUCAAUCAACAAGGGGAUCAGUCUGAAAGAGGGGCAGGCUGUGAAGGCUCCCGAGGUCAAGAAGGAGAGGAAGGUGGUGAAGAAGGUGUACCCCAACUCAGCUCUGUUCACAAGCUGGGGUGAUGAGCUCUCAGAGGAGGAGCAGAAUGAGGCAGAGGGUCUGUUUCAGAUGUAUGGAUACAACGCCUUCCUGAGUGACAGACUACCCCUGAACAGGGAACUCCCUGAUACUCGCGAUCCUAAGUGUGCUAAGCACCAGUAUCCCCAUGACCUGCCCACCAUCAGUGUGGUGUUGAUCUACUUGGACGAGGCCCUGUCAAUCAUCAAGAGAGCAAUCCGCAGCAUCAUAGACAAGACCCCCCAACGCCUGCUCAACGACAUUAUACUGGUGGAUGACCACAGCUCCAAUGAGGAUCUAAAGGAGAAGUUGGAUGCUUACAUCAGCUUCAUCCAUGAAGAGCGUCCGGGCCUGGUGAAGAGAGUGAGACACAAAGAGCAGCUCGGUCUCACACAGGCCCGCCUCUCAGGGUGGAGGGAAGCUACAGGAGAUGUGGUGGCCAUCUUGGAUGCCCACAUAGAGGUCCAUGUGGAAUGGGCGGAGCCUCUGUUAGCUCGGAUAAAGGAGGACCGCACGUUGGUGUUGACACCGGUGUUUGACAAAGUCCAUUUCGAUGACUUGACAGUCACACGUUAUGGGCCUUCUGCAGAUGCCUUUGACUGGGCCCUGUGGUGUAUGUAUGAGUCCUUCAGACCUGAGUGGUAUGCCUUGAAAGACGAGUCACAGCCAGGAAAGAGCCCCUCCAUUAUGGGCAUACUAGUGGUUGAUCGCCUGUUCUUUGGGGAAAUUGGUGCUCUGGAUGGUGGUAUGAAGAUCUAUGGAGGUGAAAAUGUUGAACUGGGCAUCCGGGUGUGGCUUUGUGGUGGAAGUGUCGAGGUCAUACCUUGUUCUAAAAUAGCCCACAUCGAGAGGGCCCAUAAACCCUAUCUCCCCGACCUGAGCAUUACAAUGAAGAGGAAUGCUCUGAGAGUGGCUGAGGUCUGGAUGGAUGACUACAAACAUAAUGUCAACAUUGCCUGGAACAUCCCACUGAAGGAUCAUGGCAUAGACAUUGGGGAUGUUUCAGAGAGGAAGAAGUUGAGAGAGAGACUGAACUGCAAACCCUUCCAGUGGUAUCUGGAUAACGUGUAUCCCAUGUUAGACCCCCUGGGUGACUUGCUUGGUUAUGGAGCUCUGGUCAAUGAUCUGAAGAUGGAUCUCUGUAUAGAUCAAGGCCCAUUUCCAGGGAACACACCUAUUUUAUAUGGAUGCCAUUAUUAUGGUCCUCAGAACUGUUAUUAUCGAACCAGUGGGGAGAUCUACAUUGGAGGCAUUAGGUCUCACAAGUACAACACUAAUCGCUGUCUGGUGGACACUGGCACUCGAAACCCCAGGACUGUAUGAGUGCAAAGUGGCCAAGCAGAAGGGAUUCCACAUGCUCUGGGAAUUCCAA